AUGAAGUUCACAGAGGGCAUGUGGCGGACGCGGUCGGGGGUGUGUUUCAAUUGGAUGGGCAACGUAGAGCGGCUCCGUAUCAACAACGACGACAACGCCGUCGACCUCCUGCUCACGAAGCCGCAGAGAAGCCGGGGCGACACGCUCAACGCCGGCACCGUGUCUGCGCGGCUUCGCACGCCGCUGGAAGGGGUCAUUGCCGCCAGCUUCUCGCAUUGGACCGGCGAGGAGGAUCGCGGACCCCAUUUCCCUCUAUUCGAGGCGCCGCGAAAACCAAAGAUCCUCUCUCAAGAGCGAUCGCUGGAUUAUGCGAGCGGACCGCUGGACUUGUCUGUCAACACGGCCCCCAACGAGUUGGGCUUCACGUACUCGUGCCACUCCAAGAAACUCACUGGCCACUCCGUCCGGUCGAUCGCGGUGGUGUCGUGCUCGGACACGCCCCGCUACCGGAUCGCCGAGGGCAUGUACGCGCAGGCGGACAACUACAUGCUCCUCGAGCUCGACCUCUCGGUGCACGAGAAGAUCUAUGGGCUCGGGGAGCGGUUCGGGGCCUUCGUCAAGAACGGCCAGACGGUCGACGUGUGGAACGAGGACGGCGGCACCAGCUCCGAGCUGACGUACAAGAACGUGCCCUUCUACCUGUCCAGCCGCGGCUACGGCGUCUUCAUCAAUUCCCCGGCCAAGGUCAUGCUGGAGAUCCAGUCGGAGCGGACCACGCGUGUCAACAUCGCCGUGCACGCCGAGACCCUCGAGUACAUGGUCAUCGCGGGCCCGUCGCCCAAGGAGAUCCUGGAUCGAUACACCGCCUUGACGGGGCGUCCGGGCUUGCCUCCAGCCUGGUCCUACGGGCUCUGGCUGACGACCUCGUUCACGACCUCGUACGACGAGCAGACGGUCACGUCGUUCCUGGAGGGCUUCAAAGAGCGCGAGAUCCCCCUGAGUGUCUUUCACUUCGACUGUUUCUGGAUGAAAUCCUUCCAAUGGUGCGACUUCCAGUUCGACGACGAUAACUUCCCCGACGCCCAGGGCUACCUGCGCCGCUUGAAAGCGCGCGGCAUGAAGAUCUGCGUCUGGAUUAACCCGUACAUUGCACAGGCGUCGCCGCUCUUCCUCGAGGGGAAGAAGCACGGCUACUUCAUCAUGCGCGCCGACACGCCGCGGCCGACCGUGUGGCAGUGGGACAACUGGCAGGCCGGCAUGGCCGUGGUGGACUUCACCAACCCGGCGGCGCGGGCGUGGUACGCGUCGCACCUGCGGCGGCUGAUGGUCAUGGGCGUCGACAGCUUCAAAACCGACUUUGGCGAACGCAUCCCGUUCCUCCCGCACCAGGUCACGUACCACGACGGUAGCGACAGCGUCCGCAUGCACAAUUUCUACGCGUACCUGUACAACAAGGUCGUGUACGAGGCGAUGAUGGACAUGCAGGUGCCGGCGGCGCAACCGUGUCUGUUUGCGCGAUCCGCCACGGCCGGCGCGCAGCAGUUCCCCGUGCACUGGGGCGGUGACUGCGAGAGCACGUUCGAGGCCAUGGCCGAGACGCUGCGGGGCGGGCUGUCGCUGGCCCUGUCCGGAUUCGCGUUCUGGGCGCACGACAUCGGCGGCUUCGAGGGCCUGCCCGACCCGGCGCUGUACAAGCGGUGGGUGCAGUUCGGCCUGCUGGGCAGCCACUCGCGGCUGCACGGCAGCUCGAGCUACCGCGUGCCGUGGAUCUACGACGGCGAGAAAUACCCGGGCGAGGACGCCGCGUGCAGCAGGGUAUUAAAGGACAGUGUCGAGCGCAAGCUGGCCCUGAUGCCGUACCUGCUACGCGCGGCGCUCGAGGGCCACCGCCGCGGCACGCCCGUCAUGCGCGCCAUGUUGCUCGAGUUCGGCGGGUCCGACAUGAAUGUGUGGAACAUAGACACGCAGUACAUGCUGGGCGCCGACCUGUUGGUGGCCCCGGUCUUUGACAAGGACGGAGAAGUGACCUUUUACGUUCCCUUUUCUUCUUCUUCUCGGACAGACAACACCAACACCGCCGGCGUCGAACCCACAGGCCAAGCCAAGUGGAGGAGCUUCUUCGACCACGGCAAGACCUACGAAGAAGGCCACUGGUACACCGAGGUGCACGGGUUCGACACGCUGCCUCUCCUCGUGCGACCAGGGGCCGUGGUCCCGCUCAACCCGACCUUGAACGCACCGGACGGCGACGUCACGAAGGGUCUGCAGGUCCUGGUCAACGGCCCCCUGCAUGGGGAGAAGGUGGUCGAGCUGGUCGAAGCGGGGGAUGUGGCCCGGGUGGCCAAGACGUUUACCGUCGACGAGGAAUUGGUGGUCAAGGGGAUUGACGGCGUCCGAGUGGUGGAUAUGUCCAGAAAAGCCUAG